AUGGCAGCCCUCUCACGCUUCACUCUAAUAUUCUAUACACCCCCCUCCGCCCUCGCAGUCUGCAAAUCUGCCAUCUUCGCCGCAGGCGCAGGCCGCUACCCCGGGCCCGGGAACUACACCGAGUGCUGCUGGACGACCCUCGGCACGGGCCAAUUCCGGCCGGGCGACGCCGCGAACCCGCACAUCGGCGCCGUCGGGGCCCUCGAGGAAGUCCCCGAGGUCCGCGUCGAGACCCUGUGCGUCGGCGAGGACGUUGUUAAGGGCGCUAUAGAGGCGCUUAAGGGCGCUCAUCCCUAUGAGGAACCUGCCUACCACGUCAUUAAGUUGGAGGAUUAUUGA